CAGAGUUCCCCCUCCACGAUCUGAUCCCUAGGCAAUUUUUGCUUCGAGCAGCUGGAAGACCGAACCGGAGACUCAGUGAACCGCCCCAUCAUCGUUCAUCAUGUACGUCGACCUAUCGGUACCUCCGGUGAUCGAACCGAAAAAGAGGCACAGUGAACCUUACACAGAGUACUCGGUGUGCCAAAGCUUGUGCGUUCCAAAAAAUGACUCCAUGCACUGUUUAUCGGUGCCCGACCUCAGUACUUCACCGCAUCAGCUGUUCAAGGAGUUCUGCUCCGAUACGCCGAGAGUCGCGUCAAACAAUCUAUCGCCCCCGAGCCGCUCACCGGCGUCGUCUACGUCGGGAAGUCCGAAUCGGAUAUCGCGCCACAGAAACAAACAGACGAAAGGAAGACGGAGAUCUCUCGGAGUACCCGGUAGCCGAUCUCCGAAUGGCCGCAGUUUAUGGAAGGAGCUCGAUGAGGACCCGUGGGCCGAGUUCCAUCGGAAACGCUCUCCCGGCGCGGCACGAUCGCCCAGAUCUCAUCUCGAACCGCCGACGGGCUACAGGUGUCGCUCGUUUUCCAUAACGUCGAAAGGGAACGUCUUGAAUCUCGGUGAUGUGGUUCUGUCGAAUCUCGAAGAACGCCGACGGAGUACCAGCUCCUGCACGGAGGAUCCCGAGGACACCGGACCCCCUCUGUUCCGCGUGAGACUCAUCGGAAGUCCAGGAGUGGGGAAAUCCUGUCUCAUUCGGCAGUUUAUAGAAGGCUGCACCGACACCGUCAACGAGGAGGGUCAUCUAGAAAUUAUUACGAGCCCGCCACCGUCAGCGAGGAACAGCGUGGAUACUCAAUCGACGCGAGUAAUGCUCGACGGCGAGGAAUUCGAGGUCGAGUUCGAUGAAACCACCGAUAGCGUGAUAACAAAGCAGCAUAUUGAAGAGAUAGACGCAUUUGUAGUUGUCUACUCGAUAACAGACCGGGAAAGUUGGAAUUUCGCCGAGGACGCCAUCUGCGAGCUUCGUACGCUUUGCGGCUAUACGAAGGGACGUCGGAGAUCGUCAACGACGAGCAGCACGCUGAAUCGCCCGAUAACGAAAACCAUCAUCCUGGCCGCGAAUAAGGCCGACUUGGCUCGGAAAAGAUGCGUGCCGAACGAAGAAGCCAAGACUUUCGCGAAGAAGCAUGAUUUGAAAUUCAUGGAAAUGUCAGCCUGCAUAGGACACAACGUUGACGAUGUCCUCGUGAAGAUACUCAAACAGCUCCGCCUCAAGCAACGCUCGGGAUCCGUUCCCGCGUGGUGUAACCUCAACGUACCCAUCCGUUCCCGGGCCGCAUCUCUCAGUCCCGACCCGAACGCCCGUCGAGCUUCAGUAUCGACCCUGUCCCCAACCACGGCUCGACGGCCAUCGGUAGCUAGAUCAAUCUGCUAUAAGGCCCGUGGCUUUAUAAGCAAAUUCUGGACCAAAUGCGAAUCUUUGAGAACUCAUUCUUAUGACGACAUACACGUCCUGUAG